ACUGGCAUUGAUACCCAUUUGCUUUCUGAACGAAGGGCCCUACACACGUGCAGAUGCUGCCAACUUUCUUCCCCUCCUUCUUCACCCUCUCUUCUUCAUCCUCACUCUACCCUCUGUCAUAAGUUCUACCACUCUCUCUCUCUCUCUCUCUCUCUCUCUCUCUCCCUGCUCUGCUCACCCUCGCAACCUCUCUCAGCUAAGCCCUUCAAAAAUCUCACUCAUCACUUCAAAAACCAGCUACCCAUCUCUCUGUCUCUCUCUCUCUCUCAAGGAUGGAGAAAGAGGAACCCCAUCUUGGGUGCAAGCUGCUUCUGGUCAUUUUCCUUGCUGGGCUUUCCUCAGUCUUCUACCCGGCAGAGUCUCAAAGUGAUGCUUCAGUGAUGUUAGCUCUGAAGCAGAGCCUGACCCCUCCUGAAUCUCUCGGAUGGUCCGACACAGAUCCCUGUCAAUGGAACCACGUCGGCUGCUCCGACGACAAACGGGUCACUCGAAUCCAAAUCGGACGCCACAACCUUCAAGGUACACUCCCCUCUACCCUCAAUAAGCUCACCCAGUUGCAACGUUUGGAGCUCCAAUGGAACAACAUUUCGGGUCCUCUUCCCAGCUUAAACGGGUUGGGUUCCUUGCAAGUGUUGCUGCUUAGCAACAACCAGUUUUCUUCCAUCCCUCAUGACUUCUUCGCUGGAAUGUCCACUCUUCAAUCCGUUGAGAUUGAUGAUAACCCCUUUUCUGCUUGGGAGAUCCCGGAAAGUCUCCGAAACGCUUCGGCGCUUCAGAAUUUCUCGGCGAACUCCGCAAACAUCACCGGAAAAAUACCGGAAUUUUUCGGCCCUGACGACUUUCCGGGAUUGAUCAAUUUGCAUUUGUCCUUCAAUAAUUUGGAAGGUGGGUUGCCUCUGAGCUUGGCCGGCUCCCAAAUUCAGUCUCUGUGGGUUAAUGGGCAGAAGAGCAGUGGUAAACUUAGUGGGGGAAUUGAUGUUUUACAGAACAUGACGUUACUGAAAGAGGUUUGGUUGCAUUUGAAUGCUUUUUCUGGUCCGUUGCCGGAUUUUUCAGGGUUGAAAGAAUUGCAGAGGUUGAGUUUGAGGGAUAAUAUGCUUACUGGUCCUGUUCCAGCGUCGUUGGUAAAUCUUGGGUCUCUAGAGAUAGUUAAUUUAACCAAUAAUCUUCUUCAGGGACCAAUGCCACAGUUUAAAAGCUCGGUUGCUGUUGACAUGGCUGCCGAUACCAAUAGCUUUUGUUUGUCAAAGCCCGGGAUCUGCGAUCCCCGGGUCAAUACAUUGAUUUUGAUCUUGAAAUCGGUGAAUUACCCUACAAAAUUUGCGGAGAACUGGAAGGGGAAUGAUCCGUGUGCUGAUUGGAUUGGGAUUACUUGCAGUAAUGGAAACAUCACCGUUGUUAAUUUUCAGAAAAUGAGUCUCUCUGGCACAAUCUCCCCAGAAUUUGCUUCUCUUAAAUCACUGCAAAGAUUGGUUCUGGCUGAUAACAAUUUGACUGGUACCAUUCCGGCCGAGCUUACAACUCUGCCUGCACUCACAGAACUUGAUGUAUCAAACAACCAGAUUAAUGGGAAAAUUCCAUCAUUUAGGAGUAAUUUGAAACUUAACACCGAUGGCAACCCUGAAAUAGGGAAGGAGAAUAGUAGCUCCUCAGCUAAAGGCACAUCUCCACAGGAUUCACCCAGUACCUUGCCGGGUACAGUUUCCAUUGGUGGUGGCAAUAAGGAAAAUGGUAGCAAGAAAUCUUCAGCUUCAGUUGGAGUGAUUUUAGUUGCUCUACUUGGGGGGCUCUUCCUGAUUUUCUUGCUUGGUUUGUCGGCUUUCUUUUUAUAUAAAAGAAAACAAAAGGGGUUGAGCCAGGUGCAGAGCCCGAAUGCAAUGAUAGUUCAUCCGCGCCAUUCUGAAUCCGAUAAUGAGAGUGUGAAGAUCACAGUUGCUGGCUCAAGUGUUAGUGUUGGAGGAGUUAGUGAAACCCAUACUCUUCCUGGCAGCGAGUCUGGUGAUAUCCAAAUGGUUGAAGCUGGGAAUAUGGUAAUUUCAAUUCAAGUUUUGAGGAAUGUAACAAACAAUUUCAGCGAAGAAAACAUAUUAGGUCAGGGAGGAUUUGGGACGGUCUACAAGGGGGAAUUGCAUGAUGGUACAAAGAUCGCUGUGAAGAGAAUGGAGUCGGGGGUUAUUGCUAGCAAGGGGUUAACAGAAUUCAAGUCUGAGAUUGCUGUUUUGACAAAGGUUCGGCACCGAAAUCUUGUCGCCCUUCUUGGGUACUGCUUAGAUGGGAAUGAGAGGCUCCUUGUGUAUGAAUACAUGCCUCAAGGGACACUCAGUAGGCAUCUUUUCAACUGGGCAGAAGAAGGGUUAAAACCACUGGAAUGGACCAGGCGGUUGACUAUUGCCUUGGAUGUUGCAAGGGGUGUGGAAUAUCUCCACAGUUUGGCUCAUCAAAGCUUCAUACACAGGGACCUAAAGCCUUCAAACAUUCUCCUUGGAGAUGAUAUGAGGGCUAAGGUUGCAGAUUUUGGUCUGGUCCGUCUCGCUCCGGAGGGAAAAGCCUCUAUUGAAACAAGAAUCGCUGGAACUUUUGGAUACCUGGCACCAGAAUAUGCAGUGACAGGGCGUGUGACAACUAAAGUCGAUGUUUUUAGUUUUGGGGUGAUUUUGAUGGAGUCGAUAACUGGGAGGAAAGCACUUGACGAAAGCCAGCCUGAGGAGAGCAUGCACCUAGUUACAUGGUUCCGAAGAAUGCACCUCAACAAGGAUUCAUUUCGCAAGGCUAUUGACCCUACAAUUGAGCUCAAUGAGGAAACAUUUGCCAGCAUCAGCACUGUUGCUGAGCUGGCUGGCCAUUGUUGUGCCAGGGAGCCAUAUCAAAGGCCUGACAUGGGUCAUGCUGUCAAUGUGCUAUCAUCUCUAGUGGAGCUCUGGAAACCAGCUGACCAAAAUUCUGAUGACAUAUAUGGCAUUGACCUAGAAAUGUCCUUGCCACAAGCACUCAAGAAGUGGCAAGCAUUUGAAGGAAGAAGCAACCUUGAUUCUUCGUCAUCUUCGCUCCUUCCGAGCUUGGACAACUCUCAGACCAGCAUACCAGCACGGCCUUAUGGGUUUGCCGAUUCGUUCACAUCUGCAGAUGGCCGGUGAGAAUGCGAAAAGAAAUCAGAAGUAUCAAUGAUGGUGUUCAAUGAUGUUUCUGCCUGUUCAUUCUACUCACUUCUUGCUGUUUUCUGUGUAAGCUUUGCUGUCAUCAUUUUUUUUUCCCUUGAGUUUUUCGGUUCAGAUUCCCACUGCUGUUUUUCUUAGUAUAGUCUGGAUAUUAUUCACUUGUUUAUGUUGCUUAGGAAAUGCAGUGAUAAGGAGAUUCCGAAGAAAA